AUUCCCAUGGAGAAAGCACUGGUGAUACAUGGUGUGAUUCUUUUGCAAUUCAACAGUAUACAUUUUGUUUAUAAAAUCAAUUAUAGAAUAUCAUUAAUUAAUUAAGCUACUCAUUGCCUAUUAAGACUUAAUAAAAAUUAAUUCAAAACAUUCAUUCCAUAUCCUGUAUUUAAUAAUUCAUAAUACAUGUAUGUUGAAGUGAAUAAUUACACUUACUGCAAAUGAACUGUUCUAUAAAUUUUACAAUUCAGACAUGUACUAGGCUUUGUUGCCAAGUUGGUGGAAGCAAACAUUUUCAAGAAAGUGAAAGUUUCUUUUUUAAUGGUUGGACAUACACAUGAGGAUAUAGACCAACUUUUCAGCAGGUUUUCUGUCAGAGCUUCCAGAGAAGACAUAUUUAUCAUGGAUGAUUUGAUAACGACCUUUGAAAAAUGCUACAAGCAGCUUCCAGUGACAGGUAUGAAGAUAGCAGAGGUUUAUAAUUUUCAGGAGUGGUUACAACUAAACAAUAUUAAAAAUCACUCCCACCCACAUGUGUUUAAGUUCACCAGAAAUGAAGAUGGGAAGGCGAUAAUGAAAUAUAAGAAGUGGUCCACAGACAAGAAAUGGAUAACAAGCACAGGCAGUGACAAAUACAUACUCCAAGAUAUGGAUGAUAGUCCAAUUAACAAAAUUAAACCAACUGUUGACAAUUUAGAUUUUGAGAGAUUGAGGCACGACACAGAUCAAGUAGCAAGAAUCACAACGUUAACGGGCGAUAAUGUUAGCGUUACACCACGGGAGCUUGACUGA